AUGCCACGAAAGAAGCACUCUAAGAGCCAGGACAUCAUCUACUACUCAAACACACGCUCCGAUGAGCAGUUCGAGUACAGAAAUGUGCUCCUGCCAAAGAAACUGGUGAAAAUGAUACCCAAGACACAUCCAAUGACGGAGGACGAGUGGCGGUCCAUCGGUGUGGAGCUGCCGCCCAGUUGGAUCCACUUCGUAAUCCAUAGGACAGGGUCACAUGUCGUGCUUUUUCGAUGCCCCAAGACGGAGGACUAAAGGAGGCACCUCAAGCAGCACAGGAGACAGCAACUACUGAUACACUUGCCUACAAGCAUCCCCAUCCGGCAGGUGCUACCGCUGCCU